AUGUCUGCCGUCCCUGGUCCCGUCUACGGGCUCGAGGUCCCGCCUGGCGAGAUCUUGAUCCCCGCCUCCAUGGAGUUCCCUGCGUCGUUCCGCAUCACCAUGGCUGCCCUGGACCCUACCGAGGAGCCCGAGGCUGACGACGAGGGCAACGUCCCCAACGUCCCUCGCUCCACCCUGCGCCUGGUCAAGCGUGCCUUCCCCGGCCUCGACGAGGACGAGGACGACGAGAUUGACGACGAGUACAUGCGUGCCCUGCUUGCCGCCUCGGACGACGAGGACGAGGACGAUGAGGAUGAGCCCAACGGUGGCCCCAGCGACCCUGCCAAGGCCAAGAAGCAGAAGCAGGCCGCUGCCAUCAAGAAGCUCCUCGAGGCCGCCGCCGCGGAGGAAGAGGACGAGGACGAGGACAUGGAGGAUGCCAAGCCCAACGGCGUUAAGAGCAAGGGCAAGGGCAAGGCCCCUGUCGAGGAUGAGGAUGAGGACGAGGAUGAGGACGAUGAGGAGGACUCUGAUGACGACAGCGAGGGUGGCGACCUGGAGAACUUUGUCGUCUGCACUCUCGACACCGAGAAGAACUACCAGCAGCCCCUUGACAUCACCGUCAACCACGGCGAGAAGGUCUUCUUCGUUGUCACCGGCACCCACACCGUCUUCCUGACCGGCAACUACGUCAUGGACGACGAUGAGGACGAGAGCGACAGCGACGAGGACGACUAUGACUUUGACCCCGAGGAGCUGGAGUACGCCAUGGACGAGGACGCUAGUGACGACGAGUCUGACGAGCUUGACGGCCUCGAGGACCCCCGCGUCACCGAGGUCGACUCGGAGGACGAGGUGCCCAAGCUGGUCGAGGCCAAGAAGGGCAAGAACAAGCGCAGCGCCGAAGAGGCCGAGAGCCUCGACGACCUGAUUGCCAAGGACGACUCCAAGCUGUCCAAGAAGCAGCAGAAGAAGCUCAAGAACAACAAGGGCGAGGCCGUCGCCGCCGAGGAGAGCAAGAAGGACAAGAAGGUCCAGUUCGCCAAGAACCUCGAGCAGGGCCCUACCGGCUCCGCCGAGAAGGCCAAGCAGGCCGGCAAGGCCACCGUCGGCGUCAAGGUUGUCCAGGGCGUCACUAUUGACGACCGCACCAUUGGCAACGGCCGCACUGUUAAGAACGGCGACACUGUCGGCGUCCGCUACAUUGGCAAGCUGGCUAACGGCCAGCAGUUUGAUGCCAACAAGAAGGGCAAGCCUUUCUCCUUCAAGGUCGGCAAGGGCCAGGUCAUCAAGGGCUGGGACGUCGGUGUCGUCGGUAUGGCUAUCGGCGGCGAGCGUCGCCUGACCAUCCCCGCCAACCUGGGCUACGGCUCUCGCGGCAUGCCCGGCAUCCCCGCCAACAGCCAGCUGACCUUUGACGUCAAGCUGCUGGAGAUCAAGUAA